GUGUGAAGACAAAAUUAAACAUGGAUGAUUUCGUGUUCUGCAGUGUGUCACGUGAUGCUUUGGCUCCACUGAGCGUAAGUCAAAGGUGAAGACUCGUGGGAAGACGUAAACUCUGUUGUGUUUUCACUCACAAACACAUACUGUACGUACUCGUCUUGUCUUCCAGUGGUCAGGAUGAGUUGCUGUCUCCAGUGGUGCGAGAUGAGUUUGUGUCGCUCGCUGCUCGCAGGAUGAAGAAGGUGGCCUUCCCGUCACCUGACAGCGGCACCCCCAUCGCCUCCACAGUGACGCCUGCCCGCUCUCUGCUGAGGAACACUCCGGCUUCACUGUUCAGACAGGCUGUAACUCCCAGAUUUUCAGAUGUUUCCUCCAUCUUGGCUUCAGGAGGUCGAACGCCUCGAUACACACACACACCCAGAAACGCAUUCAGCAGUAUGGAUUUGGACGACAGUGAUUGGACCGCCUCUCCUGUGUCUGUGAUGGAGAACAUCAGCUCCUUCUCAGAAGACCUCACCGACCUCAGCUCGGCGCUACUGAAGGAGGACGACCCUGGAGAGGCUGCGGCCGCCAGUCUCUUCCCAGAGUUCCUCGCAUCCUUCCUGAAACACUCUUCCUCUGCGGUGUUUGAUCUGCUGGAGGACUACCAGACUCUCUGCCAGAAGAAGACGGACGUGCUGCUGUCCGUGGUCCUCAGAGCGGGUCAGAAGAGUAAGGCAGCAGGAGUCUACUGGCUGCUGCAGCAGGAGAACUGCUCCUGGAGACUCAUCACCUCGCUGUACAAGGACCGGGUCCAGUUGGCGCUGGAAGAUGACAUCACAGACAUGGUUGCUCCCAGUGAGAGUGAGAAGGUCGUGGUGGAGCGGCUGUUCCAGCGGGACGCCGUUGUACGUCAGAGUCAGCUGGUUGUUGAUUGGCUGGAGAGCAUCGCCAAGGAUCAGAUCGGAGACUUUUCCGACAACAUAGAAUACUAUGCCAAAAACGUCUGCUGGGAGAACACCCUCCACUCACUGAAGCUGAGGAGGAAGAGCGGCACUGCCUUCACCGUUCCCCUGGUCACUGAACUGGACCCAGAUGCUCCUCUGCGGCAGCAGCGCCCCCUGGCUGACCUGGACAGAGAAGAUGACGCCCGACUGCUGAAGAACCUGUUCACUCUGAUCAGAGCGGGGAUGACUGAGGAGGCUCAGAGGCUUUGUAAGCGCUGUGGUCAGGCCUGGAGAGCUGCAACCCUGGAAGGCUGGAAACUUUACCACGAUCCCAACAUGAACUCAG